AUGGCUGUGAAACUGGACAUGGAACAGGCGUAUGAUAGUAUGGGAUGGUCAACCUUGAAUCAUAUUCUCCUCUGGUAUGGCUUCACCACUGCCUUUUCUAAGCUUCUAGAGGAAUGUUUGAUAAAUGCUAGAUUUUCUAUUAUCCUGAAUGAGAAAUACACGAAGUGGAUUGAUGCACAUUAUGGAUUCAGGCAAGGCUGCUCUCAAUUGCUGUCUAACUCAAUUGAGCAAAGGGGGCAAGAAUUCGGCAUUCAAGUAUCUCCAGGAGGACCUAGGAUCACGCAUCUUCUCUAUGCAGAUGAUAUGCUACUUUUCUCUUGGGCUACUACAUUUUUUGGUCAAAAGGUGAAUGUUAAUAAAUCCCAGAUCAUUUUUAGUAAGAUUAUUAAGAGAUCUCAUAAGAACAUCGUGGCUAAUAUUCUAGGUUUCUGGGUUGUCAAGGAAUUGCAGUACUUGGGUAUUAAGAUUUCUUUACAGAGGUUGGGAGAGCCUGACUUCCAGGAUCUUCUAAGCCAUGUCUCGGAUAGAUUAAAUUACUUUAUUUCUGAUACUGGGGAAUGGGAUGAAGGAAAACUCCUUAAUUUCUUCCAUGAAAAUCUUGUAAAUAUCAUCAGGAAUUUGCACAUUGAUAAUCAGCUGGAGGAUCAGCUGGAAAUAAUUUGUAAUUUUUCAG